AUGCAAAGCAACAGUUCAGUCCCGUACUGGGAGAAAUCUCUCACGCAGCAGAAAAAGGAAAUUGAGAGGGUUAAGAGCCCGCUUUACAGCCCCGUUGAUGGAAAAAUCUGUUAUUGGGAGGCUCUGCUUUUUGGACCAGCAGGAUCGCCUUACGAGAACGGAGUCUUCCAAAUUGCCAUGCACUUUCCGCCAGAAUACCCGUUCAAGCCACCCAAGGUCUUCUUCAGAACCAAGGUCUUUCACCCCAAUGUAGGAGAUCGUGGACAUAUCUUCCUACGGAUGCUCACUACUGACUACUUCUCGCCUAGUUACACCGUCCAUAAGAUUCUCACUAAAAUUCAUGAGAUGCUGAGCAACCCAGAAUUGGGUGAGGGGGACUACUUUGAUGAAGACAAAGCGAAGAUGUACAAGGAAGACAAGGCGGGGUUUGAUGAAAUAGCUCGGGAAUAUACUUUGGAGCACGCUAGGGUUUAG